AUGGCUUUUCAAUCGGCCCUCCUUAUGGGUCUGGCUGCCGUGGGAAGCGCCAGUUAUCUUCCUGCAACUCCUGCUCCCGCCAACUGCAGAGUUCUUCCUGGAGAUUCAGACUGGCCAUCGACUUCUCUGUGGAACUCUCUCAACAAGACCAUCAAUGGACACUUGAUCGCCGCGGUGCCUCAGGCCAGUGCUUGCCACGAUGCGCCCUUCAACAAUUACAAUGCUACGUUCUGCGCACAGAUUCAAGCUGGAUGGAACGAGACCAAGUUGUACCAUAUCGAUUCGCCCGCUGAGUUCUUGAACAUGUACUUUGAGAACUACACCUGCGACCCGUUCACUCCUCGGUCCAAGCCUUGCAGUCUGGGUAACUACGCCAGCUACAUUAUCAACGUCACUGGAGCUGCCGAUGUCCAGGCUGGUAUCAGCUUUGCCAAGCAGCACAAUGUUCGCUUGAACAUCAAGAACACUGGUCACGACUACUUGGGAAAGAGCACUGGCAAGGGCGGUUUAACCUUCUGGACUCACAACCUCAAGUCCACCCAGUACAUCCCCAAAUACAGCUCUUCCCACUACAGCGGCCCUGCUUUGAAGCUUGGCGCUGGUGUUGAGGGUUUCGAGGCCUAUCUUGCCGCUUACAACUCCGGAAACCAAAUCGUUGGUGGAAGUUGCCCUACAGUCGGCAUUUCUGGUGGUUACAGCCAGGGUGGUGGCCACUCUAUGCUUAUGCCCGCUUUUGGUCUUGCUGCCGACAACGUUCUCGAGUGGGAGGUCGUCACUGCUGAUGGCAAGCACCUGAUUGCCACUCCCACCCAGAACUCUGAUCUCUACUGGGCCAUCAGCGGCGGUGGUGGCGGCACCUUCGGUGUUGUCUUGUCCAUGACUAGCCGAGUUCACAAGGACGGUAUUGUUGGCGGUGCUUCUCUCGUCUUCGACGACAGCAAGGUUGGCAACGACGUUUUCUGGGAGGCUAUUGGCGCUUUCCACACUCUUCUCCCCGGCCUCGUCGACCAUGGUAACGGUGCCACUUACGUGCUUACUCCUCACGAGUUUCUUACUUUGGCUUUCACCAUGCCCGGCAAGGAUCUCGACGGUAUCAACGUUCUGAUGAAGCCAUUCCUCGAUGAUCUUACCAGCCGCGGCAUUGAGUACCAAUACGCGCCUCGCGUUUCUCCCAGCUACUACGAUCACGUCUCCUUCUAUCUUGGACCCCUGCCUGAGGGUUCCUCCGACUACGCUCCCUUCACUGGUAGCCGCAUCAUGCCCCGAGAUCUGCUCCUUGACCCCAAGCAGAACCCGAUCAUCAUGAAAGCCCUUCGCAAUGCUACCAUGACUGAAGGUUAUGCUCCUUUCCCCUGCCAGGCAUUCAACGUCUCUUACCAGGCUCAUCCCGACAACUCUGUUCACCCAGCUUGGCGAACUGGUUUGUCCAUGUGCUUGACUCCUGGUGACUGGGACCCUUCUGCCCCCCCUGCUGCCAUGCAGGCUCGUCAGGACUACGCCGCCAACGUCCUGCAGCCCAUGAUUGAUGCUGUCACCCCUGGUGGUGGUGUCUACCUCAACGAGGCCAACUAUAAGCAGCACAACUGGCAGGAGGCCUUCCACGGCUCCAACUACCCCAAGCUUCUCUCAAUCAAGAAGAAGUACGACCCCAACUCUCUUUUCUAUGCUAACACUGCUGUCGGCAGUGAGGCCUGGACUGUGGACGGCAACAACAGACUUUGCCGCUCCUAA